CUCCGGUUCCCUCCCACAGUCCAAAGACGUGCGUUUCAGCGGACUGGUAUCUGUGUGCGUGUUUGUGAUACACUGUAUCAUUGUGUGCUGAGGGAGGGAGGAUUGCAGUGUAACUGACCUCUAAGGUGACAGUGAAAUAUCGAUUCAUAAUUUUCUCGCAAUCGACGUUAAUCAUCUCCUCAUUUAAUACAUUUAAGACCACGUCAGAUACGUUAUUUUUAACUUUCGUGGACAUUUAACUAGAAAGAAACGCUCUGUUUUUAUUUUUACGUGCGAAACUAAAUUACGGCCGAAGUCGUGCGGUCUCGCGGUUUGCGGGUUUGACGCGCGUCCCCGCCGCCCUCUCGAGCCGAAUCGAAUGUGUGCGGCCGUUGUUCGCGCGGCGCGCGCCCUGCGGCUGGUCAGCGCGCGCUCACCCCACGACGCACGACCCAGAAUGCGGGGGGGGGGGGGUGGACAAAGGGUCUCUUGUGCACGAGCUGCGUAAAAGCACCGAGCGCGAGAAAUGCAGCCAGAACCUGCAGCCGCGGCCCAGGAGCGCGCGCCACAGGCUCAACUUGCGGUCUCCUUCCGCCAGAGAUGAUGAACGUCUCCAAGCUCUCCGUCAUCCUCCUGCUGCUUGGACUUCUGGCCUGCAACGCUAUUCCCUCAAACAUGUGGUCCUGCAACAAGAAGAUGCUGAAAGAGCGGGACUGUCACAGCUUGGCUGGGGUGGGGGACCUGAGCCCCAUCGAGUCACUGCACGGCCACUUCUGGGGGGGGGACCGGUGCGACACGGUGUGUUACUGCAACUUCCGCGAGCUGCUUUGCUGUCCGAGUGACGUUUUCUUCGGACCAAGAGUGUCUUUCGUGAUCCCGUGUCAAAAAGGCCUUGGGGGGAUCUCUGCAGGCGAGGCCCGGCUUCAGCGGUGGGAGGCAAAACAUCCUCCGAAGACUUUGGCAAGCAUGGACGAAGCGCAUCUUUCCUCCCGCUAGCUGGAUGCAAUGGCAUCUGUCAUUAUUGAACACUUAAUCCCCUUCUGAAACAAAAGUAGUUACAUGUUUAUAAGACACCUCUGAUUUUAAAAGAACAUCUUGUUCUUUGGAAUCAAAGUUUAAACAUAUGAACUUACAAUAAUUAAUGAAUGAAUUCUGACCUUGAUGCCAGAACAGCAGCUUCAUUCUUACUAUAUUCAAACAGAUGUGCACAAUGUUUAGGAAUUCCAGCAAGAUGUAGUGCAUCUUGACAUAAAGGUAGACAGUCAUUUUCAUAAUUGUAGCACCUGCACACACACCUUGGCAGAAAAAAGCACAGUAACCACAAAAAGGUAUUUAACAUUAACAUCCACAGAUUUAUUUUGAGUGAUGUAUGUUAAAGAAUUGUCAUUUCCUUUUUUCCUAUUUAAGACACCAUUUUUGAAAAGGAAAGAUUAGAAUUCAGAGAAUUCAUGACCAAAAUUUAUGAAUGUCAACAUUUAAACGUGUAGACCUCUGU